AGUAAGUCGACCUAAAGCGCGCUGGAUUUGCGGGGUAACUAUAGACUGUGUAACAAAGCUCACCAUGGAAACCUCACAUCCUUUGUUUUGGAAAGUAAGGUGGAAAGCUGCUUAGCAGCUGCUACAUGGAGCUGUUAAAGAAAAAACACCACGUUAUUAAUCCCUAAACCAGUAACUAGAUAUGCUAACAACGAGGAACGUGGUAGUUGCACUCAGCCAUCAAAUUUAAAUUAUUAAAUAUAGUGGUCGGACCGACGCGAUGCCCCGGCGAACAUAAACUAGCUCACUUUUGGUUAGCACAGUUAGCGCUAACGCUAGCCGGUCCAGAUAGGUCUCAUAUUUAAGCCAAGAAUUGACCACUUUCUGGAGGGGAGACUACAAAGUUCUCCCUACCGCGUCUGUUACUCUUCUCUCUGGAUGAAGCAGGUAUCUAUCUAUCUGGCCGAUGGACCUGGACUAAGCAGACUUUACGUAGAAGUUACGUAGAGAGCGCAGUAGUGGGCGGAUCUGUGGUAGCCAGUUAGCUGGCUGAGUAUUCUCCGUCGGCGUUAGCCAGACCGGAAAGCAAUGACGGAUUGGAGUAUUCCUGCCGGGGUCUGGAUUGUGAGCCAGACAUGAUUUUAUGGAGCCCACCCUACAAUGGGAUGUGCGACUUCACCUAUCCUGUGUGUAUAUGACAGUGACAGCCAUCUUCAACAAGCUUUUGUACAGACGGAGCGACAGAGUGACAGAUUUGGGACAUUGUGACUGAGGAGAAGCGGUGAACGAACCGAGGAUAACUCCAUUUGAUUUUAUUCAGCACUGCUGGGCCUGAGCUGAUUUGUCAGCCUUGUGUAGUUUUGGUUUGGUCCUCUGGAUGUCAGCUGACCAUGGUGGUCUGAACAGAGGAAACGCAGGGAGAAAACCCGGCACAGUUUGUGUUCACUCAAACACAGCAAGGCAAGAGAAGAGAAGCGCAGAGACGGACCGGAGCAAAGAGAAAAGGCAUAUUUAAACUCAAAAUGUCUCAAAACAGAGAACUGGUGGUUUACUACAUAAACUAUAAACUCUCCCAGAGAAAUUAUCCCCUCAACCACAUGGGACUCAUAGAGCCUCCGAACAGGACUGAUGGUGGGGAGGCAGGGUUGGGUGAGGAACAGCGGGUAGCGACGCACACCAACGGGACUUUUAACGGCAUGAGUCCCGGGACCCCACCAGCGUCCCCGCUACGGGAGCAACAGUUGCCAUCCACGACGAACCUGGACGCGGUGAAAGAAGCUCUCCGGGACUCGGCCAACGAGUUUGAGCUGCGAUACGCCCGCGCCUUCAGCGAUCUGCACAACCAGCUCCACAUCACGCCGGCCACCGCCUACCAAAGCUUCGAGAGCGUGAUGGAUGAGGUUUUCCGGGACGGAGUCAACUGGGGCCGCAUCGUAGGGCUUUUUGCAUUCGGCGGGGCGCUGUGUGUGGAGUGCGUGGAGAAGGAGAUGAGUCCGCUGGUGGGCAGGAUCAUAGAGUGGAUGACGGUCUACCUGGACAACCACAUUCAGUUCUGGAUCCAGAGCCAAGGAGGAUGGGAGCGCUUUGCUGAAAUCUUCGGGCAGGACGCGGCGGCAGAAGGCAGGAGGUCUCAGGAGAGUUUCAAGAAGUGGCUGCUGGCGGGGAUUACCCUGGCGACUGGGUUCGUGGUGGGCUCAAUGAUCGUCCAAAAACGCCUGUGAAGGAAGAUGCACGACAACUCUCCUGACAACCGUCCCUUAUUGACCACCUCCACCUGCCUCAUUCACUGCCCUCAACCUACACACCACGAAGUUAUAAUGAAGGUCCCGUUUGUCUCGUCAGAACUGCUGUUGAAGUUUACUCCCAGCCCACCCCACAUCGCCCAGAGUGGACUACGAAUCCACACGUGUUGUUGAACUUUUGAGAGAAAAACAAAAAAGGAAGAGUUCCUCGUAUUCAUGUGUUCACCUUGUUCCAUGCUGGUGAGAAAUGUGUAGUUGUACAGUGACAGACGUUAUUCUUUCACUCACUGAACCAGUCGUUCCUUCUGUUCUUUCUCCGCUGGUUCCUGUAUUAUUUUUCUUUCUUUAUGUUUGUAUGUAUUAGCUUUAACAAAUUUUGGUUUCCCAUUUUUCUGAGAAGCUCAAACUGAUUCAAGUCUUCACAAUUAACGCAAACCGGCCUGGUGUCUGUGUGUCGUUGGGACUGGACGCGCUCGACGUGUCUCAUCUUGUUUUGUUGCUCGUCCCCACAGACAGCUCUACAAUAGCUUUGUAUGUGCCAUAUGGAGAGUGAAAGCAGGGGAGGAUGUAGCACCUGCCCCUACACAGCUUCUGUAGUUCCUAUGUCCUGCCAGCCAUCCUGAUUGCCAACACAUACAGUAUAUUAUUUUCCAUGACUCCACAGGCCGAUGGUUUUGUCUUUCCCUUUUCUACAUACUUAUUUGAUUUGUAUGAAUGGUAAAUGAAAAAGGAGUCAAACUGAUUUUAGUUAACAAAACAUGGGGGUCUUAAGCUAAAAGCCUAAUGGAAAACAAACUCCUGUGCUUGUUUGUGUGUGUGUUGGUGCGUUUUUGUUUUCGAUUUGUGAACCAUUAAAACCCCACUGCUGCCGCUGAUGUGUGCUUUAUGGUCAUACUUGGCCUUGGUUUGAUCCUGUUUGUGUUUAGUCAGCCCGUUGAGUGCCAGACCACCGUGUGUGGCAACUUCUCAGAAUCAGAGUAACUGCAGUUCAUACAAGCAGGGCGCCAUGGCUCAGACCCUCCAUGUUUACUACACAGUAGCUGAGGAAUGCAGCAAAUACUGUAGCAACACACACAAUAGAUAGAGCGGCACCGAUCACAGCAACAGCAUGAAAGAUCCUUUUUAACCCUAGGUGUUAAGUUAACACUUUAUUUUAACCCCCCCUUAAUCAUUUAUAAGCAGUAGAUGGUGGUUGGUUUAUAACACACUAUAAUGUGGUAGAAAGCAGGUAUCAUUUAAUAAUUUGUAAGUGUUUAUUAAUGUAUUGGUCAAAAAUUCUGUUCUCCUAUUAAGCACCAGCAUUAACUGGUGUAUAACCGUUAAUAAAUGAUUGACAAGAUAACACCGUUUUAAUCGUAUUUCAUGAUGGAUAGUUACACACAUGAACAAACCCUUAAAUUGUCAUAUCAUACAUCUAUUAACUGUUCACACAGGCAGGUUUAAUGAAGACGUGGUGAGCAUGAAGGCUGAUUGUUGACCACAGGAAUGUUAAAUUCUUCACUCUAGGCAUCUCAUGGCCUUCAUCAGCAAGCAGAGUUUAGUUAUCAUGGACAGUGAAGAAGAUGCAUUUGUACACAAAUGAAUAGAAAAAUAAAAAUCAUAAUAAAGGCAUAAUUAAGAAAUAUAUUAAAUAAAUGCUUUAUGUCAGGUUGACUUAAUAUAUAACGACUUCAGCUGAUACUGGAUGUUUUAGGCUAAUACUGAUAUCAAUAUUUGGAAGUUUACAAAAUCUGGAAACUAUAUAUCAGCCGAUAGCAAGUUUUUUCAUACCUCAACACAUACAAGCAAACAACCUGGACAUAAAUGCCUUAGUGUUCCUUACUGUUUCUAAAUGACCUCAAACUUAUCAGCUGGCAUAUACACUAACAUUUCAAUAUAUGUGAUUUAAUGAUCCAGCCAGUGUUAUAUUGUUGUUCAUUCAUUAUUGGCUCAUACUUAAUUUAUAGAUGCUAAGUUAUAAUUUCUAACUGUUGGAAAAAAUACAUUAAUAUACACCUGAAAUAUCCUCAUAUUGGUUUAUAACUACAUUAUAGUGUGUUACAAACAAUUUAUUGUUAUAGAGCAACAAUCAGUUAAUUCAUCGAUAAGUCAACGGCAACACUUUUGAGAAUCGAGUAAUAUACAAGCAAAUACGACAAAUACCAUUUUCACCUGUGUCAUAUAAUUUUAAAUUAUAUAUUUGGGUUUUGGUUUUUUGGUCGGACAAAAUAAGACAUUUGAAGACUUCACUUUGGAUGCUAGGAAACUGUGACUUUAGUUUCAGGCAUAGUUUAUUAUUACUGCUCAAUAGGUGGGUUAAAACAAAGCCGUUGUGAUUGAUUUGCAAUAAAAUCUUAAUCAUGUGCAACAAUGAUCAGACUACUAAUUCAAUAAUCAUCCAAAUUUACAUUUGUCAGUGACACAGUAAUGUGAACAUAGAGUGAACAUCAUUGCCUUUUGAAGAUUUAUGUAGCAAACAGAUGAAGCUGCUGUCUUUGAGGAGGCAGUGCAGUUCUGCAUCGAAUGUGAUUUGAGUUAGAUUUGAUUAGAAAGGUGUCAUUAUGUGUCUGUUUACCGUCUUAAGCGAAUCAGCAACUGUCAUUGGCUGUAGGACCGUGAAACUAGACACCCAAACCUUCAUAGCUUAUCUCACACACACUCACUCCAAAUUAUCCAUGCAUUGCUUUCACACUCACGCCUCUCCUCCUCCGUCCUCCCCAGACACCUCAAAUCUGUCAAAUCUCCAUCCGUCUCUCCUUCUCCUUCCCUCUCCACACAGCUCCACCUCUUCCUCUGCGGCCCCCUUGGCUGUCACCACGCCUAGUCACGUGUGUCAGUUACAGCUGGCCCACCUGCUGCUCCACACAAACACACCUCGGCAUGCACGCACGCUUGCAACGUACACACCUGCCAAUCACAUGUAGUCCACAAGAGACAGGGAGAAGGAGACUUGUCUUUGUUUCUAAACAUCUUUCCAUCUUUAAUUUAAAGGUUGAAGUCGGAGGAGUUUCACGCACCAACAACUGGCAGCUCGAUUAAUUUACUGGGAAGGGAGGGACGGUUUGGGGGUUGGGGGGGGGGUACUCUUCCCUGUUUCCUGCGCUUAAAUGUUGAUCUUAUUCCAAAUACUGUGUACAGCUAACAACAACAUGUCCUGGGUUGUAUUCAUGUGUGUUUGCAGCGCAAUAAAGCACAACACAACUCUGGAGGACGGGCAGGUGCCAUUUUCUCAUCAAAGAAAGUUCAGCACAAGAGGAAACAUUAAAGGAAGGGACUGUAAAACAAACAAAAAAAACCACAAUCUGGAUUUACACGUGAAACAUUCAUCACUAUGUAGCCAGGGUCAUCUUUAAAGCAGGGCUCAUCUCUUUUCAUCGAUGCUCCUUUUUAUCCCCAUACAAACAUUUACAUACAUGGAUUUCUCUUUCUAAAGUCCUGAUUGUUAUCCUUGGAACAAAAAGUUCCCCAAAUGAAAAGAACGGCAUAGACUACUGAUGAGUCUCAUCCUCUAAAUGCUUGAGUCCGGAGCAUCUUAUUAGCCAAGGUCUGCUCUCAUACAUUCCAGUACAGUAUAUAUAUUUUUCUAGCGCCCCACCAAGAAGCUGCUCGCAGGCUUUUCUUCGCUGCCCUGGCCCUCACUGAAACAAGUUCCCUUCCUACGUGUGUGUGUGUGCGUGUGUGCGUGUGUGUGUGCAUGCAUGUGAAUUUCUGUGUGGCAAAAUGUUGUUGGAGGCACAAAUUAAGGAAGUUUGACAGCAUUGGCACGACCCUAUAUAUAUAUAUGCUAGUUAUUUAAACUGAUUAGAAUAGUUUGUUAGCGUAGUAACAUAUUUAAGAAAAACAGAACUGAUGGCUUUUAAACAUUAUUUAUAUUUGGUGUAAAAAGCAUAAUUGCGCCCCUUCAAAUGGCCUUAAACUCCAUUUUUGCAUUGUCAUUUGUGAUUUCUUUAGGAUUAUUGGACUGCCACUUGACAAGGAUAUUUUCAAAAAUGUAGGUUUCUGAUUCAUUCUUGUUGGUCAUAAAGAGUACAGAAUUAAAGAUUGCAACCAUAUCCAGAGGUCUGUACAUCUUGAAUGCUACUGUAAAGUUUUAAAUGACACUGAACCUAAUAAAGCCCAUGUUGGAGGA